ACGAAAUUCUCUGUAGAUUAAGUUAUAAUGGGUGAAGAUGCAAAGAUUGUGUCUUGGGUAUUGGCUGCAAUUGCAAAGGUAAAGGGGCAAAAACAACAGCCAAAUGAAGAAAGAAUAGCUCAAGUGUUGUUACAAUCCUAUGGAUUGGAGAAGGAAGAAUCUCUAGAGCAUUUACAAAGAUGUGUCACAGAAGGACAUGUAGUUGCUUGUAUGGCUAAGAAUGGCAAAUAUUCAUAUCGCAAUGCAAAAUCUGUUUCUGGAAUCAGAGCACCUCCCAUAAACCAUCUGCAACUUAAGAAAUGCUUAGAUGAGAUCAUUGCAAAUCCUUGUCGAGAAGAAGGUAGCACUAUAGAAGAAAUUGAAAAUGCGAUUCGUUGCAAAAAAUCAGAUGAGCUUGAUUUAGAGAAUGCAGAUUUUUCUUCACAAUUCAAAGCUGCUUUAAAAAAUGGUGUCAACAAAAGAAGAUAUGUGAAAGAAGGAAAGUACAUAAAGAUGGCAUCCUUUCCACGUGCUAGGCCAAGGGUGAAAAAAGAGAAUAACGAUGGGGAUGAUGAAGAAGAAGAUAUCACAGCAGAAGAAAGGGCUGCUUUGCGCGAAAUUUGUGGAUUCUGUAAAGGGACUCGGGAUAAAAAUAAAUAUGGCGAGGAUGAAGAUCUCCUUACAUGCGAUGAUUGUGGAAACAGCGGCCAUCCCACAUGUAUGCAGUAUUCUCGUGAUCUUACAGCUCGUGUUAGGGAAGAACCAUGGCAGUGUAUGGAAUGUAAAAAAUGCAAUAUUUGUAAAGAGCAAGGGGAGGCAGCUAAUUUGCUGUUUUGUGAUGCAUGUGAUAAAGGAUAUCAUAUGGAAUGCUUACAACCACCCCUAGAUGACAUGCCAAUUGGUAGUUGGGUGUGUGAUCCAUGUGUGUCUGAACAAAAUGGUAAACGACGAAGAACUUCCAUACCUGCUUCCUUGUUAUUGCAGUCUCCUGAACAGCAUUUUGUAAAAACUCCCAGUUCGGGUAGAAAAGGUGCACAAAAAAGAAAAGGGCCAGGAGGACCUAUGGAUGAAGAAAAUAGUAAAGGAUGUCCAACUCCUGGUUGUGAUGGUUCUGGAAACUCAGUAGGGAAAUUUGAAAAACAUAGAAGUGCCCAGUUUUGUCCAUUGAUACAUGGUCAGAAGAAAAAGCGGGGAGCAACUGAUGAGGAUGAGGACGAUGAAGAGGAUAGACAAUUAACUCCUCCUCCGCGAUUACCCGGAGUCACUGAAAAGGACGAGGAACUCUUCCGUAACGCACGCGAGAAGGCGAAUUCUUAUCUCACUGCCAACAACGAACCAGCUAACACAUCAGGCAAUGUCAGAUUUCCACCCAGAAUUGAAUUUGGACGCUACGAAAUCGAAACGUGGUAUUCUUCUCCUUACCCUCAAGAAUAUGCAAGUGCUCCGAAGCUUUACCUAUGCGAAUUCUGUCUCAAGUAUAUGAAAACGCGGACGAUUUUAAAAAGACAUUUACUUAAAUGUAAUUGGAGUCAUCCACCAGCAAACGAAAUAUACAGAAAAGAUAAUUUAUCAAUGUUUGAAGUGGAUGGAGCUGUGAGCAAGAUAUACUGCCAAAACCUCUGUUUACUGGCCAAACUAUUUCUGGAUCAUAAAACAUUGUAUUAUGAUGUCGAACCGUUUUUAUUUUACGUUCUAACCAAAAAUGAUAACACUGGAAGCCAUCUUGUUGGAUACUUCUCGAAGGAAAAAGCUUGUCAACAGAAAUACAACGUCUCGUGUAUAAUGACGAUGCCUCAAUAUCAACGACAAGGAUAUGGUCGCUUUCUGAUAGAUUUUAGUUACUUGUUAUCAAGAAUUGAAGGCCAGCCUGGAUCUCCUGAAAAGCCACUUAGUGACCUAGGCUUGAUAACGUAUAGAAAUUAUUGGAAGAGCGUCAUUGCUGAAUAUUUAUAUAACCAUAUGUAUGAUAAAGCCGUAACUAUUAAAUCUAUUAGUUUAGCGACUGGCAUGGAUCCACAUGAUAUUGCAGCCACGCUUCAACAGUUAAAUGUCGUGCAACUUCGUAAUGGAAAAGUUACGAUCGUUAUUAACGAGCGUGUUAUUGGCGAUCAAAUGGCAAAGGUGAAACUGCAAAAGCGCAUCGCUAUUGACGAAGAGGCUUUACGUUGGACCCCUUUGGUACAGUCCGGUAAUCCAGCACAGAUCAUGAAAGAUGCUCAUCUUUCUUCCGAGGACGAAGACGACACUGAAGAUGGAGAGAAAAAGAAAUCUACAGAAAGCUCUGAUACUUCACCAGAAAAAUUACCCAAUGGUGUCCAAAAUGAUGAAGUUGUAAAAAAGAUAGAAUACAGCGACGUUGAAAUGAGUGGCGAAGAUUUAAAAAAAGAGCAAGAACAAUCGGGUGAUUCGAAAGAAUCUGAAAGCUCAAAAGACGAAGUUGAGAAGAAAGGUGUUACUGCUGAAAACAAUAACGAUAUAACGAAAAGUGAUAGUGCUAGUGGCAAUGACAAUUUAGAAACGAAAGAAGCUAAAAACACCAAAGUAGCACCAACCACUCCUGAUGAGCCGAUGGAAACCAACAACGUAGACGAGAAGGCGGAGACUGAAGUCAAAGAAUCGAAAGAAACUGACGUCGACACACCAAUUAAAACUGAAGUGGACAAAUCAAGUGAAACUGAAGUCGAGAAACCAGGUGAGUGUGAAGCUGAGAAACCAAAUGAGACGGAAAUCGAGAAACCCAGUGAGACUAAAGUCGAGAAACCAAAUGAGAGUAAAGCCGAGAAACCAAGUGGGACUGAAGUCGAGAAACCAAGUGAGACUGAAGUCAAGAAUACAUCCGAAACUGAAGUCGAGAAGACACCAAGAGACACAAUUCCCGAAGAAGAAGAAAAACCAGAAUCUUCGAAUGAAAAAUCCUCAGUUGACGAAAAACAGGCUGAAGGGAUGCAAUCUUAAUUCGAAUAGAAACACGUGCACUCGUGUGAUUCUGACUGCAACGAAACAGAAUACAGAGUUAGGUACACAGAACUAUGGAUUGCUGACAGUGGCGUUCGCACUUUCUCGCGUUACAAUUAAUUCUAUUGUGAAUAAACAUUAAGAUAAUGAAUGACCUUAAUACUGUACAUAGAAAGCUAUAUGAAAUACGAAUGCUCCUCUGAACAGAAGAUUAGUUCAAUUAAUAUUUGCAAUGUAGUUUCAUUAGUUUUCGAUAGUGGAUGUAUAUGAAAAAUUUAAAUGCAACGAUGUAUUUGUGUGUUUUGCUAAAAACUCCUUUCUUAAAUUAUUUCAAAAAAAUUUUUUUUUGCCAUAACACCUAAAAUACAUUUUUUGUAGAAAUUCUGAUGCAAUUUUCACCAACUUGUAAGAGAAAAUUGAGUAAAUAAAUAAACACAAGCUUUUUUAUUUGCUACUUUUGAGUUCUUUAAAAACUAUUUAACGGAGCCGUUCUCGAGUAAGGUAUCUUUGUAAGGUAAUCGAAGAAAGUAUAUAGAAAAGAUGUCCUGUAUGUGCUUAUAUUUAUUCAUGUUUAAAUUUGCUUGUAGCUUGUUAACGGCUUUGUCUUUAAAAAAUUGUUCAUUGUAA